AUGGCCGUGCUGCUUCGCUUCUUGCAACGGGUAGGAGCGUCGCUGGAGAAGCUUUCGAUCCAAACGGCAUACUACAACGCGCCUGUCAGCGUUAUCACUGGAUUUGCCAAGAAACUAGGAGACCCAAGUAGUGCACUGGCAAAUAGCAUACGGGAGUUGCACUUGAGUGCCGACAACGACGUUUCUCCGAUGACUGAAGCGAGUCUACAAACGUUUCUAAACGUCCUCAAGAUUAACGACAAACUGGAACUUUUGGAAAUGCGCGUGUUGCCGGAGAUUGCCGACCGAUACGCUGCUGCGUUUCGACGACAUCACCGUGAAACUCUCAGCGUUGAGGAGGAAAAGCUGCCACUUCCAUGUCGUUUGGCAUUCCUUAGCGUUGUCCGAGGUUGCUACGCAUUGUAA